UUGGAAUAUGCUGUAUCGGACUGUGCUACUCCUCCUACUCAUAUUUCUGCAGGCGAUUGCUCGCUUGGAUAGCUACAGCUACGGCAAAUCUGGCGCUGGCGAUGUUAAGCGCCAGAGCAUGGCCAGUUUGUACUUUGAUGGAGAUGGAGGUGCCGAAGAUGGCUGUUCGUCCCCCUCUCGAUCUCAUAUGCUGGACAGGAGCGACGCCAAGACAAAGGCAUCGAAUAUUGCACAGAAGGCGGCGCAAGAGGCGAGGGCCGCCAGCGAUGCACAAAUGGCCGCCGCCGAAGCCGCCGCAUCUCAGGUUAAAGCAGAGCUGGCCGAGAGGGCGGCGCAGUCGGCUCGUGCAGCAGAGGCGGCGCUGGCGGGCAAACAGCAAAUUGUGGAGCAACUUCAGCAGGAAAUGAGCGAAGCGGAUGCCGUCGUCGGCGACAUAACUGCUUCCCUGCAGAAUACGCAGACCAAUGCCAAUGCCGCGACACAGGCGGCCGUCGAGGCACAGGCUCAGCUCGCCCAAUUGAAACGUUUGGUGAGCGCAGCGACCUCGAAUCUGGGUAAUAUUGAGAACGUCGCAUCGGGUGCACAACAGGAGCUGGCGGAGAAGAGUCAGCUGCUGGAAGCGGCGAAGAAUCGCGUAGAGGGAUUAAAUCGACAACUCAUGGACGCCAAGCAGGACUUUGAGAAGACCAAGAAGGCUGCUUAUAAAGCCGCCUGUGCAGCAGUCGAGGCCAAACAGAAGGCUGCCAGAACUCGUCGCAUGGCGCAUUCUCAUCAGCAAUGGUAUCAGCCCAAGAAAAUGGAUCAAUCUGCUGGUGGCGCCUUAGAAUAGAAGUUCAAUUGACUUGAGUUUUUAGUUCCUUAUUAAUAUAUUUGUUAAUUCAUUGUUAUUAUU